GCCCAUCUGCAGACAAAAUUAAGGGAAAUUCCCUAAAGCAUUCUCAGAAAAGUUGCUUAAAUUUUAUGUUUAUGUUUGUUAUUGUCUUUGGCCAGAGUUUCUGAGUUUGAUGGAGGGUCCGUGUUCACCAGAACCAAUAGAGGACUGUCUGGAGCACCAGCUGUGUGAGAGUUGUAGGGAGAAAGAGCUGGAGGAGAAGAUACACAAAAUCGUGGCAGAGAAGCAGGUUGAGAUGGAUCGAUUGAAUGCAGAUAUAACUGUCAAGAAAGAAAAACUAAAAGAACUGAUGAAGUGUCAGCAAUCUUUGGCUAAGAUGUGGGGGGAAGUUCUAAUGGCGAGACUAAGGGUCAAGCUGAUGAGACAAGCCUAUGAAACAGAAAAGACCUCUCAACAACACGAGUUAGAAGAACUCAAGGUUUUGAAGAAAUCCAACUCUCGUCGUGAUGACCGUUUGGCUCGCGUACGAACCAAGAACCUCCGCAGCAAGGAGGUCACAGCUGAACGACAGUACGCUGAUACACGCAAUUUGGCCGUCUCACAAAUGGUGGAGCUAAAGGUGCUGCGUAGACGGCUGGUGACGGAUGUUUUCAGGGGGGUGUUCCCGAUAGAGGUGGAGCCAUUGAGUGAAGCCGACGCCGGUGACGAUGAUUAUGAGGCCUCUGUGACCAUAGACUCUGUGUUGGAGGUGGACGACGGCUGGAUGCUCAGUGGAGUGCAUCAACACACCCUCCCCAACAUACGCAUUGUCACCGCCUCCAUGCCUGCCGCCGGUAACUACUCCUCAUUCCUCAAGGCUGUGUCUGAGAAAAGGAAAGCUCGACAAGAGACCAUGCAACAAGGAGCAGUGCCUGCGGUAACCCCAGAUGGUGACAAGUCAGUUCAUCCCCUCAAGAAUUCAUACCAGUCUACUCCAGCAGGAUUGGUGUUCACUGCCUUGCUCACAGAGAUACUGGCCACCACCCUUGACCAACCCCUCCCAUACCCUCUCUCACGGAGGACAGCCAUCGGUGAGUAUGGCACCCCGAGCAGACGUAAGAGAGACUUCCUCAACUCUGUUGCUAAGCUGGAUGACAACAUUCUCUUUCUCUGUUUUGCACAGAAUGUGCCGUUGAGUGCCCUGACUCCAGGCCACACCCUCCAAAAUCUGCUGGCCCUCGUCACUCACACACAGUUAGGCAGGUCUGGUGCCUUUGAGUGUUUCCCUGAGAUGAUGCGAUACAGAGGUCGUCAUGGGUCACCUGUCCUCCCUACACUGUCACAUGACCUGGAAGAUAGCGAACCACCUGCCGUUGUGUACACAUCCGACCAAUCAAAACAACCGGACAUUGAACUAGCCGAGAGCAGCAGUGAUCCCGAGGAUAAUUUCUACUCAAAGGAUCGUGAAGAAUUUGAUGAAAUGUACGAUUGGGAAUAUUUGGAACCAAAUAUCAAAGAGCUGAGACUGUUUGAAGAGGAACAGAUUCGAGCCCAAUUGACAGAGAGGACCCAAGCAACUGGAUCACAGAAGAUGACCGGUGAGAUUGAGGCUCGCAGGGACAGACUGAGAAGACUGGACUAUGACAGUACCUACCUAGACUACACUGCUGCCAUGGCUAGUACAAGGAGCUCUACGGUUUCGACAGAGAGUACCAAGACAAGUGACAUUUCUGAGAGCAGUGGUGGUUUCUUUGGUACUCUGAGCAGCUUGUGGUCGUCCGCCUGGGGCAGUCAUCCUUCCAGUACCUAAACUGUCAGGCGGUGUUGUUGUUUAUCAAUUAAUUGCUGUGAAAAUGCCUCUGUUACAUGAAUAUGAAUAUCAUAAAGGUGA